UUUGUUCGCACGCCUCAUUGGCGAUUCGUGUGCAUUUGUGAUGGCAGAUUUUAUCACUUUUCUAAACUUAACAUUUUUAUGAUAUUAAAGUGGUUAUUGUUAUUAGUCUUGGUAGUAUAAUUUGAUCUAAUUUAUUUUAUUUUCAUUAAUUCAUUAAAAUGGCGAACCAAUCUCAAAAAACUGUGUAUAGACUCGUUUUGACAGGAGGACCAUGCGGCGGGAAAACUACGGGUCAGUCUCGUCUGUGCACGUUCUUCGAGAAUCUGGGAUGGAAGGUGUUCCGGGUGCCGGAAACGGCUACCGUCCUUCUCAGUGGUGGAGUCAAAUUUGCAGACCUCAGCCCGGAUGAAGCAACGAAAUUCCAGGAGAAUCUUCUGAAGACUAUGAUCCAGAUUGAGAACACAUUCUUCGAGCUAGGCAGGACGUGUCAGAGGAACUGCCUCAUCAUAUGCGACCGGGGGGCGAUGGACGCUAGUGCAUUUAUAUCCAAAGAGAAAUGGGAGGCGAUGCUGGCUGCCAACAACUGGAACAGUGUGGAGCUGAGGGACAACAGAUACAAUCACAUCGUACACAUGGUUUCUGCUGCGAACGGCGCGGAAGACUUCUACUCCACUGAGGACCACGCAUGCCGCUCGGAGGGCGUGGAGCUGGCCCGCGAGCUGGACUACAACGCGGCGUCGGCCUGGAUCGGCCACCCCUACUUCGACGUCAUCGACAACUCCACAGACUUCGACAAGAAGAUGAACCGCCUCAUCGCCUGCGUCUGCCAGAAGAUCGGCAUCGACACAGGAGACAGGCUGAACGUCAACUCGAAGAAACGAAAGUUCCUCGUCAAAAUGCCCCUCCCACCGGACUCUGCUUUCCCCCCGUUUCAAGAUUUCGACGUCGUUCACAAUUAUCUGCAGAGCGAUGUGCGUAAAGCCCAGGUCAGGCUGCGGAAACGGGGUCAGAAGGGCCACUGGUCUUAUAUACACACGCUGAGGAAGUUCCACCCCACUAAUGGACAGUCCGUGGAAGUGCGCACCCAGUUGACGCAUCGCGAUUACCUGAAUCUCCUGCCGCAGCGCGACGACGCUCACUUCACCAUCUUCAAGAAGCGCCGCUGUUUCAUUUACAACAACCAGUACUACCAGUUGGACAUUUACAGGCAGCCCACACAUCCCAGGUGCCGUGGCUUAGUGCUACUAGAGACUUACAGUGCUGAUUACGAUCAGAAGACGCUGCUAGCUUCGUUGCCGAAGUUCCUCUCCAUAGAGAAGGAGGUGACAGGGGACCAUGCGUACUCUAUGUACAACCUGUCACUCAAGGAGGAUUGGAAGACUUCGAAAAAGUAUUAUGCGGGCGCUGACUGUAACGGGCGCUCUAAGUGGUCGCUGAAUGGCCACUCUGAUAAACAUGAUUGCGACCACGCCAAGGCGAAUGGGGUCGGUAAAAUGAACGGACACUCCAAAAUGGCCACUGAAAAUGGUCACACCAACGGCCAUGCGGAUAUGAACGGGCACACGAGCAAUGGGGACAUUGAUCCCGCUAAUGGGGAACUGCAGGCCUUCCCAGAAAACCACAGAAUGGAUCUCGGAUCACCAAAGAUACCCAAGGUCGCUCUUAAGAUUUGAAUAGUUAUAAUUUAUACUACUUAAGAUAUGAAAAAUUCCACUUUGUAACAUUUCAGUAUACACCAAAUUGUUUAAAUUAAUGUUAAGAAUGGUUUAUGUACUAUAAACUACCCGAAGUCUUCGAGCCACGAAGCAAUGCUGUAUAUUGUAUGUAUCAAUGGUUCUCUGAAACUUUGUACAGAUAUUUAAAGGGCGUGCUCAGUAAUUAUGAAUACCUUUUUGUAAUAGAGAUAUAAUAGCGAAGCGUAAACAAAUGAAGUCUUUACAAACAUAUCAAGCAAGUCUUACUUAUUUUCAUCCUUCGCCAUUCAUUCGAAAACUCGUUAAGAUCACGUGACUUAACAUGCCCUCUAAAUAUUUGUAUUUUAUAUGUACUUACCUUUAAAAUAAAAGAACGCCAAAUGAAAUAUAUUUUUGUAGUAAACCUUGAGCAUGGCAUGACAUUUUAUGAACAUUUUUUGUGCAAACUACGCCACAAUGAAAUGUCACUGCAAUAAUAAUUGUACAAAUUAUAUCCCACAAGUGUAUCGGAUAGUUUCGUAUUGUUUGUGCCUUUACAUAGUAUGGAAUAUAAAUACUGUAAUAUUUAUAUUACAUUAUGUUGAUCACAGUGUUUAGUAUACUGAAUGAUGUAAAUUUUAUUUAUUUAUCUACGCGUAUGAGCGUCGUGCAAAGUGAUAAUUUACGCGAAAUACUAUAUAAAAUAUAUUUUAGAUUCUGUUCUGUCUUGCUCCCAGUAUAUAAAACAGUUUCUAGUAGUUUUAAUAAUUUUUUUUAUAUUUUAACAAUUAUACUAGUAUUUGAUCCUAGUAUUCAUUUCAUUUUAAUGUUAUUUAUAUACUAGUUACGACGACGUUUUUAUAAAGUUAUUGACAUUGUAUCUUACCGCAGGUAUUGAAUGGCAUUACAACUUAAAAAUGAAUUUGCUGAUUGUCUACCUUAGCAUUAUGAUAAAUUUUAUCAUAUAAACGUGUAUACUAAGAGACCUGAAUUUUACAUCCUAAAUUCUGUACUUAUAAAUGCUUCCUAAACUUUUGUACUUCUACUCGUGUAAAAGCGAAUCGGAUAGUAUUAAAUCGUAAUUGACUAGUUGUAACAUUUUGAAAAUCUCGAUGUCGUGUCGAUGUAUGUAGUAGCAAUUAUUUUCGGGGACCAAAGUUACUUGAGCGAAGGUCUCCUGAAUUCGUUUUUGUUAGUGGCCUUUCGAUGUUGAAUAAAAUCUAUUUUUGAUCUAAAAGUGUUUAAAUAGAUGUCGCAAAUUCGUAUUUCUGUUGUGAAUAGAAAACUUAUAGUAUAUUACGGAAGUAUUUAAGACGUCGUUAUACUUAAGGAGAAUGACAUGUUGCGUGAAAUUUUGGCAGGAUUCCAUGUGAGCAUCUUAAUGGCUGUGCUAUAUUGUAGAGCAUUUGCUCCAUCAAGCUAUAGGAAGCAUUGGCAGCCACGCAGAGCCAAAUGACUAUAAUGUUACUUCGGCAAAUUGCACCGCGAAAUGAUUAUAAAUUAUUUUUUAUUGCUCUAAUUUAAAUACCUGCUAUUGUAUCAUGAUUUAAAAUAAUUACACAGGACUGUGAUGUAAUGACAUACGUCUGUAUGUUUUAUGUACUUAUUAUUAUUCUUGGUGCAAAAAUAGAUACGAUGGAUUAGCUUUUUUGGUGUAUAUUCCAAAAUCGCUGUAUUCGGCAUUAUUUCUUAAUAAAGAUAAUGUGAUAUGCUA